AUGAAAGUUGCGGAGGAUUUUGCGCACGACCUGGUGGACCGGGCGAGGAACAACCAACAGCUGCAGGACAUGAUCAUUAAGGAGGCGCAGAUGAGUGGCGCCGUGGACCGCAUUGCAGCCUUGCUGUACAUGGUCCCCAGCGCUGGAGCUGCCCUGCUGGACAUGCUGACAGUGCCACCCGCUGUCCAAGAUGCUGCAAAGCAUCCCUUGCCAUCCCGUGCCCCGUUGCACACGGGCCCGGCGCGGUGCACCUACCGACCGGACGUGGUGCAACGGCGUCAGCUGAUGUGGCCACAGUGGGAGUAUGAUGCGGACAACCAGGUUGCGGCCGUUCGCCAAGACAACGUCUAUGAUGUGGACGUGAAGGUGGUGCUGCUGCCAAACCUGCUGGAUGUGGAUAUCUUUAUGGCCUUGACUCGGACCUGGGAGACGGACAACCACGUCUUUGCGAAGCUGCCCAUCCAGGGCGCCAUCUACUGCCUUUGGGACAAGAGCCCUGUCAUGAAUGCGCUGGUGUGGCCCGUCUUCGCGUCCUCCUGGCUCUUCAUGGGUGUCGAGCUGGCCGUCUUGCUGGCCUGGGGCCUCCAGUCCAGCGAGGCGAAGAGCAACUCCCUGCAGAACCAGCAUCGGAAUUGGUCCAUCCUCCUCGCUGGUGCCGUUCGAGAAGGACUGCCUGCUGACCGGGGGAGGUCAUGCCGGCUUCUCCUGGUGUUGCCUUGCGUUUAUGACUCCUUCUUUAGCAACAUGGAUCCAGUCAUGUCAGAGUGGGAGCAGGGUCUACUUGCAAUCAACACCUUUGCACAGGGUUUUGCCGUGACCUACAUGCUGCGGCUGCUCCAUAGGUUCAAGAGGAUCUUAGCGAUCUUCAAGACAUUUUUCAGCCGCACCAUUCUGGAGAUGCUCCUCAUUGCUGUCUCCCGGCAGGCCUCCUUCUCCUUCGCCUUUCUGACCCUGAUCCGUCGAGAGCAGGCGGCGUGGACCGUCACCUACCUCUACCGGGGCUUGAUGUUCGGCGAUGGCGAUGGCCUAGAUCGCAUGGGCCUAAUGCUGGGGAGCACGGAGGAGGACAAUAAAAUCGCGCUGGUGCUCUUUAUGGUCUCUGGCACUAUCCUCUUCAACAUCACCAUCCUCAACUUGGUCAUUGCCAUCUACGGCAAUGAGUACGAGCAGGUGAACGCGGAAACGGAGCUCCAUUUCAUGAAGGAGAGAGCGAAGUACAGCUUGAUCUAUGUGGAGAUGCUGCACAAACAGUCCGGCACUCGGAUGUCGGGUGUGUUUCUUUGUGUUUCUGUGACAAACUUCUGUGCAAAACCUUUGGGUUAUGGUCAUGUGCCUUUGAUGAGGUUUAGCAAGAGACAAUGA